AUGAGCCGCCCUGGGCUCGUCCUGGCCGUGCUGGGGCUGCUGGCUCUGGGGGUCGGGGGGACCCCGGGGACCCCGGGACGGCUCCCGGAGGACGCGGCGCAGGAACACGGCUACUACCUGCGGCAGCUCUUCGGUCAGUACGGGGAGAACGGGACGCUGCCCUUCGAGGGGCUGGCGCGGCUGCUGGGCAGCCUCGGGCUGGGCAGGGUCCAGGUGGUCCAAAUCCAACACGAGGAGCUGGGCCACGGCCACGUCAGUCACCUGGACCUGCUGGAGGUACAGGAGGACAAGCACCGGCACCGGCACCCGGUGUGGGAGCACGGCGGGGACGCCCCGAGCCCCACCGGACCGCACAGCCCCCCGCCCUCCCACACUCCGAGCUGGUCCAAAGCGGUGCCCGCCGAGCCCCCCGGUGCCGGGGGGGUCUCCCGGCAGUACCAGCCCACCCUCAGCCUGCUGGGGAGGGUCCUGGGCUUGGAGCACUCCAGCGCCGACCACCCGCACGAUGAUUGCCUGAACGUGACCCAGCUGCUGGUGAAUUUUGGGCUGGACUCGGUGCCGCAGCUGACGCCGGAGCAGUUCACGCUGCUGUGCCCGGCGCUGCUCUACCAGAUCGACAGCCGCGUCUGCAUCCAGCACAGCGAUGAGGUGACGCUGCCUCCCCCGGGGGGGGCCCUGUGGCCAGCUCUGGGCUGGGGGCUCUUGGCCGUGCUGUCCGUGAGCCUCCCGUCCGCGCUGGCCGUGCUGCUGGCCCCGCUGCUGAGCCGCGGCUCCCUCCGCUCGCUCCUGGCCUUCCUGGUGGCCCUGGCCGUGGGGACACUCUGCGGGGACGCCCUGCUGCACCUCUGGCCGCACGCGCAGGGGAGGCACCCGGAGGUUCCGGGGGAUCCGGACCCCGCGGUGCUGCAGGGGCUGGCGGUGCUGGGGGGCAUCUACCUGCUCUUCCUGCUGGAGCUGCUCCUGGGCAAGCUGCGGCGUCGGCGGGAGGCCACGGGACACCCCCAUGGAGAGACCCCCGGCCUGCCCGCGGCGGUCCUGGCAGCGUCACGGGCAGGGACCGAGCUGCGACACCUGACGGCACCGGACCCGGAGCUGGAGCUGAGGCCCCCCGAGCCCCCCCAGGAGCCCCCCAAGGGACCCUCCCACGGACACUCCCACGGCCCCGCUCUGCCCCUCGGGCCCGCGGCCGCUGACAUCGUGUGGAUGGUGGUGCUGGGCGACGGCGUCCACAACCUGACGGACGGGCUGGCCAUCGGAGCCGCCUUCUCGCACAGCCUCUCCAGUGGGCUCAGCACAGCGCUGGCCGUGCUCUGCCACGAGCUGCCCCACGAGCUGGGGGACCUGGCCGUGCUGCUGCGGGCGGGCACAGCCCCGCGCUCCGUCCUGCUCCUCAACCUUCUCUCGGCCCUGCUCUCCUGCCUGGGGGUGCUCGCGGGGGUGGUCCUGGGCCACAGCGGGACUCCCCUCGCCCCCUGGCUCCUCACCGCCACCGCCGGCAUCUUCCUCUACGUUGCCCUGGCCGAUAUGCUCCCCGAGGCGCUGCGGGGCUCCGGCGAAGGCACCUGGAGCCGGUUCCUGCUGCAGAACGCGGGGUUCCUGCUGGGCGCUGCCAUCAUGCUGGGCAUCGCCCUGGCCGAGGGGCACCUCCGCUCCUGGCUGCAGCCCUGA